ACAGACUGGGCUGGGGUCGGAGCGAUAAAUUAAACAUCAAAUCUUAAAUUAUGAAUUCUCUUUGAGGGCGGAGGAGCCCGGAGCUGCUGUAUCUUUAAUAGCGAGCAGGAAAGAUGGGAGAGGCUGCGCGUUCAUGUCCCCAUUUCUCGCUCCGCAGCGACGGGAGCGCGCAGCGGAUCGUUCACUCUCGCCGAGGAGGUAAAAAGCGUCCGACGGACCGCAGCAGCGACUGUCCGGGGAUACAGAAAAGAAAAAAAAAAUGUUCUUGCCUCCGUCCUCCUUCCUCAGUGCUAACCAGUUCGGCAAAAAUGAUGUGAAGGGAUCUACGACUUUUUUCCACAUUUAAACUUGUAAAAUCUAGAGGACUGUAAAACUCCGAAUAAAUAAUAACAGGAAUUGAAGUUAACCCCGAGAAGGCGCAGAGAUGGCUAAAAGGCUCCUGCGGCUCCUUGCUUUGUGGACUACGUUGAUCGGCGUUGUCCAGAGCUGUCCAGAGUUCUGCAGCUGCCAGGACAAAUUUGCCCACCAGUUUGCGGACUGCGCCUACAAAGAACUGCUUGAGGUGCCCGUCGGCCUCCCCUUCAACGUUACCACCGUGAGCCUCUCGGCCAACAAGAUCAAGUCGCUGAAAAGCAAAAGCUUCGUCAACAUCACUCAGGUCACCUCUCUCUGGCUGGCACACAACGAGAUCGUCAGCAUACAGACCAACACCUUGUCGCCCCUGGUUCAGCUUCGCAACCUGGACAUCAGCAACAACAAGAUCGUCAACUUUCCCUGGGGGGAUCUGCGCAACCUCACCGCUCUGCAGCUCCUGAAAAUGAACAACAACGAGAUGGCGAACCUUCCGAAGGACGCCUUCUCCACCCUCAAAGACCUCCGGUCCCUCCGCAUCAACAACAACAGGUUCACUACCAUCGUGCAGGGAACCUUCACCGCCCUGUCCUCCAUGUCCCACUUGCAGAUUUACAGCAACCCGUUCACUUGCUCCUGCAACCUAGAGUGGCUGAGAGAUUGGAUUGCAACCACUAAGAUCUCUGUGCCUGAGCCCGGCCAAAUCCAGUGUGAGACCCCUGAACACCUGAAGGGCGUGGAGGUUUCUAAGAUUCCUAAAUUGCAGUGUGAAGCCCCUAUCGUCACCAUAACCUAUCAGCCAAACAUAGAGAAUACUGUUCUUCAGGAGGGUGCUGCGGUCAUCUUAAACUGUGAGACAAAAGGGAGCCCCAUGCCUCAGGUCAGCUGGGAGGUGAUUGCUGGAAAUCAAAAUCACCUCUUCCCCCUGCCAUCCGCUGCAGAUGCCAAUGAUGUGCCAGUGAAUGAUAAAACAACCAACGGCAGAUUCCUCGUGUUUGGAAACGGGACUCUCUCCAUCCCUCGCAUGAGUAAGAAGGAGGAUGGCAACUAUAGCUGCUCUGCUGUGAAUGAACUGGGCAAGGCGGAGAGCAGCGUCAAACUAGCUCUGGCUCCCAGCCCAAAGCAGGGGAGCAAUUCAGUCCCCGACGCAACGGUGGACAAGAUCCGUCCAUCCGGUAAAAAGCCUUCAGACCCCAAGGCGGCCAAGAACAAUGUGAUCAACUGGUCUAAGCAUGAGGAAAAGACAAAGGAAACCCCCCAGGAUGGUUCAAAGAACAACAUAGGCAGCCCAGAACACGCUGGAGGUGUUUUCAAGGACCCCAGCUUUGGAAGCAGAUGUGGCGUGAGAGAAGGCAGCGAAUACAUCUCCAAUCACGCCUUCAACAUGACCCUGGAUGACCUGAAGCAGUACACCUUCGAUUUCGGGGUGAUCGCGUUGGAAGUGUCGGAGACGGAGGCCAAGGUGCAGCUGAACCCGCUGCAGCUCCCCAGCAGCAGGUCCAACCUUCACCUGAGUCAGACUGAGAACCAGGAAAUGGUGGUCAAAGAGCCCAUUGGCCUGCGGCAGUCGUCCUCCGGCAAAGACACGCUGGACAUGCUCUACCUCUGCGUGAAAACAGGAAACGGACACUCCCUGGUACAGUGGUCCAACAUAGAGGAGGGGGUUAACGCGUACCGCUUCCACGGCUUACAGCCCGGCACCAAUUACACUCUCUGUCUCACCUCCGGGGGGCAGGACUGCCAGGUCCAAGUGGUCUUCACCACAAGAAAAAAGAUCCCCUCCCUGUUAAUUAUUGUGGUCGUCAGCAUUUUCCUAUUGGGCCUGGCCACUGUUCCCUUGCUGGGAGCCACCUGCUGCCAUUUGCUGUACAAGUACCAGGGAAAGACCUACAAGCUGAUCAUGAAAGCACAGAAUCCGGAUCAGAUGGAGAAGCACAUGACAAAAGAUUUUGAUCCCCGGGCGUCUUUUGUGGAGUCAGAGAAAACCUUCAACCCGAGCGAGGUGGGAGAGGGGGAAGAGGGGGAGGAGGCUGAGGGAGAGGGAGAGGAAGGAGAUCGGGACGGUGAUGCUGAUGGGAGUGUGGUGACCGAAUCCAUCCCAGGAUCCUCGUCCAAAACCAACCCGGAGGAGUUCGAGGUCGGCUCCGAGUACAGCGACAGGUUGCCGCUCGGAGCGGAGGCCGUCACCAUCUCAGAGGAAAUCAACGGCAACUACAAGCAGCCCAGCCGCUGAGCUCCGCCGGGACGCCUUUCGAGUAUUGUGUAAAAUAGUUUCCUUUAAAGUAGCCUACAUCCGAGCAGGUAACCGACACCUCAUCGAUACGCGUGAUUCUAAAGGAAGACGGGUUUUAAUUAUUUUUCUUUCCUAUUUUUUAUGUUACCAUAGACAGUUUUUUUCAGUCACUGAGAUUGUGAAACAAUUAAUGUUGCAUUUGUAGUCUGUCGUGUUUACAACACAAGCACACAUUUAGACAGUGUAUCGGACCUCAAACAGCGACAAGAAAGAAAGCAGCACAAAAAGGACGAGGAGACGCGCAGGCUCAAAUUAGACGAGGCGCAAGUAGAUAGCUCAUUUAAGAGGCCAAAUGAAGGGUAGCUAUUAAAAUGUUAAUGUUCUCGGAGCACAGUAACUCAACCAAACAAAGUGCCAUGUGUUUUUUAAAGCCAUUUUUACGAAGAAGACAUCGGGACUCGCUUCUCUUUUUAACCUGCGUGUGUGUGCGCGCGUGUGCGUGUGUGCGUCUUUGUGCGCAGCUCCAAGGCCACCGUUUCACUUCCUCUCAGGUGCCGCCGACUCGCUCGAAAGUGUUUGAUUCGGUCUGAUGUGGAGUCCGACGUGGUGAACUCAUUAGGCUGCGGAUAACUGGAUCGGGCAGCGCGCACUUGCUCACUGCCCUGUGCGUCCAAAAAAAAGGGAGAUUGCGCUUUCAGCUGUGUCUGUGCUUGGUGGUAAAAAACAAAAAAACAAAACAAAAACAGCAACGAUAAAAUAAAAUAAUUAAAUCCCAGGUUAUUUACCGGUAAAAUGUUGUUUCACGUAACGUGUAGAAAGGCUUUAAAAGUAAUCAACGGGUGCUCGCGGUACCUCGGAUCUACUCUCGCUUUUUACAAAGAACGCGUCCGUGGCAUGUCACGCGUGUUUUCCUUGUGUGCUUUUUGAUUAGUGUAGUCCGUAGGGCUUUAGAUGUUGCUCUCUCUAACUGUGAUGUAAAUCCCAACAAAUUUCAGUUAUUCCUUUUUUUUUUAAAGGAUUUGUUUUUCUUGUCAAUUACAGCGUUGCCCGAAAGAGGAGGGGGGAAAAGGCGCACGGAGCGCGUUGCGGCUCCACUGUCCUGUAAUUGCAUAUAGUGUGUUUUUUGUGAACAGUGUUGUAAAAUGAGAACAAAAUACGUGUCAUUUUACGAUUUUUUGAUAUAAAUUUAUGUAAGUGGAAUUAAUAAAAUGUAUCAAACUGAA